CGGCGCGGCUCCGUAAGUGUGGUAUCUCCGCUUCACGAACGUCGAGACGCGCAGCUCGUCUUCGGAGACUCGAAUCGGCUGCCUGCAGUUCACCUUGUGGCGCCGCUUAACGUCGAUCGCACGAAGUCACGCUGAAGUCCCGUCGAGACGCCGCGGCCGGAGGAUCGAGUCGAAGCCAUGGGCCAGACAGCGUUCACAGCUGGUUCACGGCGGGCGCCUGUGCCUUCUCGGUCUUCUUCGCGCUGGCCCCGCUGCGUGCCUUCGGUGUCCUCUUCGUGGCCAUCAUGCAGGAGUUCGGCGCCAACAGGGAAGAGGCCUCGUGGACACUCAUGCUGCUGGGCGGUGCCAGGGUGCUGUCGGGUCUGUUGGCCGGUCCGCUUGCGCAGCGUUUCACGACGAGACCCGUCAUCAUCCUUGGCAGCGUCAUCUCGGCUGGAGGCGUCAUGCUGGCCUACUUUGCCACAAACAUGUGGAGCCUUCACCUUACGCUAGGCAUUGUUCACGGUUUUGGCUCAGGCAUCGUCUACGCCAUGAACCCGGUGCUGAUCAGCGAGCACUUUGUGAAGUACCAGACGAUUGCCACGGGUGUCUGUUUUGCCGGCUCUACGCUAGGCAGCUUCGUGUUCCCGAAGCUCAUUGAGAAACUCAUCGCUUGGUACGGCUUCCAAGAGGCAAUGCUCCUCUUCGGAGCGAUGAUCCUGAAUGCGGUUCCGUUCAGCCUUUUCCUGCGUCAGCCCCGGUGGCUCAAGCGAUGCGGCACCUCGGUGGAAUCACUCAUCACAGUGGCCAGCGCUGACGAGAAGUCAUCCUUACAGUUGCCGUACAUCAUUCCAGUGCGUCUUGACAACGCAUCCAAGGUUCCUGAAGCGGGACCAGCGUUACACCCAGACAUCACCAUCGCGCAAAGCCGCCGCAGAAAUACCUGCCUGCUGUGCGGUUUGGAUGUGCUGCGGAUUCCCAUGUUGUACCUAGUCAUGUUCUCCUCCGUGGCCUUCAACCUCGGCUACGACUGCUACAACUCGCUGCUUGUCGACUUCGCCGUCGACAGAGGCAUCGCGCAAAGCAGCGCCAUCACCAUGACGUCGCUCAGCUCUCUGGCCGACCUCGUGGGCCGGCUGGGGCUGCCCGUGCUUGCCGACCGGCGGCUGUUCACCAGACGUACGCUCAUGGCCAUGGUGCUGGCGCUGGUCGGAGUCAUGUACGUGCUGCUGCCCCAGUGUACGCAGUACGUGUCCUUGUUCGCGCUGGCCGCGGCUAUCGCUUUUCUGCUGGGCAGUGGCGUCGUCCUGUUUCCCGUGAUACUCGUUGACUGCGUGGGGCUCGACAGAAUCGCCAUGGCGACGGGUCUGCUGACCGCGCUGUCCGCCACAUUCUCCUUCGCCAAGCCAUCUCUCAUAGGAUUCUUUCGUGAUACGCUGGGCUCCUAUGACCUCUUGUUUGUGGCGUGCGGCACGGUGGCCAUAACCACGUCUGCGGCAUGGGUCCUCGUCAGCUUUGUCAUGUGGCGGAAGCGUAGCACAUGGACUCCUGACACAGUCAUCGGAGGAAAAUCAGAGGCAGGCUCUGGAAGGUUCUCCUAUUACCCUCGGCUAAUCUACAUCGGCGAUGGCAGGUACAUGGAGACGCGGAAGUCGAGGACAUCCAGCACCAUAACAGUCUUGUAUUGAUAAUGUGGACUGCCGUGCUCAGCGUCUGUGCACCGUGCCUCUACUUACACCGACAGGCGGGUUUCGUCAAAUAGCCUGUGCUUGGUCCCGUGCCAACAGGAAAGGCAGGCACACGAAUCGGGACAAACGCUAUUGUGGUGCAGUGUUGAAAUGAAACAAAUGCUGGUACAGUGUUGACCAUCUAUAUAUUCAGAGGUGCAAAAUGUAUUGUUGUUCACAAAGUCAUUUGUAACAUAGGCAGUUAACAGUGGUAGAACAAGAAAUGUCAAUUGAGCCAGAAUUUCGACAACACGACUUGUCUUUGUCCGUCCUGAACAGCUAUGUGUUAAAUGCUCGUCGACGAUGACGAGUCACCAAACGCUGGUUCAGCGACAUUCCUCGUUCUACCACGGCUAGUUACUUCAGGCCUCCAUCUUCUUGUGUACAUAUAUACUCCUUCAUUAUCACACCCGUUAUUUUUACUUGUUUCACGUAUCUGUGUUCGUCCGAAGCGUAUAAACUUUUACCUUUUCAACUUUCUUCUCCUGCGUGAAUAUGGAGAAUUUGCAAUUCCGACUAAUUCAUGAAGGCCACUGAAGAGCGUUCUGGGUAGACGUAGAGGGAGGUCUAAAACGAUGACGUGUGCAUGUUAGAAGGUAACAUAUAUUCCACCGAAAUUUCAAGGCUGGCUCUUUACACCACAGCUGUCCAACAUUAUGAAGGGGACACUAAUGUAGGCGUCUUUAUUUCUUCUUGUGUGCCGUCACUAUUGGCGCUUCACCUACUGAAAGCUAUGCACCAACUAGCCUCACAACGUGUUUUACUCAAGAAACGGUAACAGCAAAAAGUUUGCCACGCCAGGGUUUCAGGGCCGCGAGAUUGCAUACAAACGUCACGUAUUCUUUGCUCUCGGCAGCUUGCAGGGUGGCGCCGCAUUGCACGGUAUCUUUGCUAGAUUUCAUACAAAAUGCCACCACAAGUGUAAACGUGAGGCAGCAGGCUUCAUACUUCUGCUUUCACGCGGCCUUGCUCAACAUUUCUUCCCCCACUCCAGCGUGAACAUGGCACUACGAAAGCGGCGGCCCAGCGCGUCCAAGCGAUACGCUCUGUAAGGCAGUGACCGUGCAAACCAUCCCGCCGGCCACGAGCAAUGACACUAGGAACGCUGUAAGCAAACAAGUAUUGCUUCUUCUUUUCUAUGCACUGCGUCGAUAAAAACAAGCGCUCGAACAAAGAUAAUAAUAAAUACCAGUUGAAGUUCACCACAUUGUACCUAGCGUUCGGCAGCCUCAAAUUUAGGCGUCAAAACCUACCCCAAGUAGCGUGAAUCAGCGCAAAGACUGAAGACAGCUCUGCUUAAACCGAUUGCCCCAGUACGUGAGUUCCAGGUUACUUUUCAUGAUUAUGUCUGUGCCCCUUCAACGGCAAGAAUCUGUUACUGUCCAGAUUUCUAGCGUAGUAAUCUUCAUGGACAACAACAGGAAUGUAUGCACAAUAGUCCCGUCGAAAGCUCAAUUGGUAGAGGGGUGGACUGGAGGGGUUCUGCGGGAGAAUGUAUGCAAUGAACACUAAAAAUGUAUUACGCACCAUGAACAAAUUAGAAGGCAUGCCUUGUGCAGUACAUUCAGUCACGUCCCCCUAUAAUUCGCCCGUUUUUAGCGCUCGUUCCUUUCGUCUGCAAUCACGGCAUACAUCAUAGAUACCCGACAAGUGUGUCAAAAGUUUAUGAAAUACGCGCAACGCACAAGUGUACUUAACAAUGCGUCAAUCCCAUAUCUCCUGGGGCAAUUGUUUCAGCUUGCGUGACUGUCAUUUCUGGCACAGUAUUCAGGGCGCGAUAACUGUGCCAACUACUGUUUCUUGGAAUGACAGCGCGAUUAUAACAGACAUUUUACCUGUGAAUCAAGUACUUGCCAGGUGGAAAUUCUUCAGCGUACAUCUUCAAGGUAAGAACAAUGAAACGAAAGGCAAGCAGGUCUGCAUCCUGUAAAUGCUGCGUCAUUGGCCCCGCAAUCAUUUUGGAAGUGCGUCACUCAACUGUCAGAAUGAAUAAGUGCUGUGGAUAGUUCUUUUGAAUAAAUGUUUC